GCACUCGGCUGGACCAUUUUGUUGAUCCUUAUCAUAGCAGCUUUCCUCGCCCGCUGGCUCAGACCUUGCUUCAACCAGGCCACCCUCCUGCAGGCACGUCACUGGAGCAACUACAUUGACAUCGAGCAAAAGAUUUUUGAGGAAACCUGUUGUGAGCACAGCCGGCUCUUUGCUCACAGAUGUAUCCUCCACUUCUUCAAAAGCAUGCAGGAAGAGAUCAAACGACACAGCUUCAGCUUGCCCAGGGAGGAAGAGGAGACUGAAGGAGAGGAAGACCUUCUGUGGGGCAUCACAGAUCAGGACCAGGUGAAUAAACUUCUAAAAAUGUGGUACUGUGAGAAACCUCCCUUGGAUGUCAGCCAGGCAACCCAGAGGCAUUCCCUGGGGCAAGAGAGAUCCCCCCCACCCUGGGCAGACAGACUUGGUACCCAGUCCAAAUUCCCCCAGCACACCAAUGUGUAA